AUGUCCGAACAAAGCAUACACCUAAAUCAAUUCGUUGAAUUGCGAAGUAUCUAUAAAUACCACAUUGAUUUAUAUACUGCAUUAUAUCAAUUGAAAACUGAAAAAGAAGAAGAAUUAAAAACAAUUUACAAAAUGAUCAAAACAGAAUUGAUUGAUUCAAUGAAAUAUCUUCCCACAAAUGUAAUUAAAGAUAUUUUAGCUAUUAUUCCGUAUAAUAAUCGCUAUACAAAGUCAUAUUUAACUCUUGCCAAACUCAUUUAUGAUGAAUACCAUGUGGAAGAAGUCAGCAAUGACGAAAUUAUAUCAAUCUACCUGUUUUACAAAGAAUACGGGAUUAAAUUAGACAAAUCUGUUGAUUUCGGAAAACAUAAAUUUGAAAAUCUCGAUAUUCAUGAAGAAAAUACAAUUUACAGAGCAAUUAUGAAUAACGACAAAGAAAGAUUCAUUACUUUCACGGAAAUAGAUGGAUUUGAUGGAAAUCAAAAACUUGAAAGCAAUUUAUAUCGAUAUCUUUACAAAGGAUAUUCAUUACUUGAAUUAUGUUGUUACCAUGGAGCAGUUGAUUGUUUCAAGUUAUUAAGGACGAAAUUUAACUCAGAAAUAACUCAAAAAUGUCUAUGUUUUUCAUUUUUAGGUGGAAAUCCAGAGAUCAUGAGUGAAUGUAUGAAAUAUCAAAAACCUGAUGAAGAAUGCAUGGAGUAUGCAAUUAUUUCGCACAACAUUGAUUUUGUUACAUUCUUAAUGAAUGAAUACAAUAUUAAAAUCAACUUAAAUGAUUGCGGAAAAUAUAAAAAUCUUGAAUCAUUUUUAGUUUAUUUUGAUCAAACUAAUGAUAUUAACCAAUGCUUUAUUUAUUCAGUGAUGUUUAAUAUUCCAUCCCUUUUAGAAUAUUUACUUUCACAUGGUGCAAAUAUUAAUGAAAAAAAUGAAUAUGGAAAAACCGCUCUUCAUAUUGCAGCAUAUGAAAAUAGUAAAGAAACGGCCGAACUUCUUAUUUCACAUGGUGCAAAUAUUAAUGAAAAAAAUGAAGAUGGAGAAACCGCUCUUCUUAUUGCAAUAUAUAAAAAUAGUAAAGAAACGGCCGAACUUCUUAUUUCACAUGGUGCAAAUAUUAAUGAAAAAAAUGAAGAUGGGGAAACCGCUCUUCAUAUUGCAGCAUAUGAAAAUAGUAAAGAAACGGCCGAACUUCUUAUUUCACAUGGUGCAAAUAUUAAUGAAAAAAAUGAAGAUGGAGAAACCGCUCUUCUUAUUGCAAUAUAUAAAAAUAGUAAAGAAACGGCCGAACUUCUUAUUUCACAUGGUGCAAAUAUUAAUGAAAAAAAUGAAGAUGGGGAAACCGCUCUUCAUAUUGCAGCAUAUGAAAAUAGUAAAGAAACGGCCGAACUUCUUAUUUCACAUGGUGCAAAUAUUAAUGAAAAAAAUGAAUAUGGAAAAACCGCUCUUCAUAUUGCAGCAUAUGAAAAUAGUAAAGAAACGGCCGAACUUCUUAUAUCUCAUGGUGCAAAUAUUAAUGAAAAAAAUAAAAAUGGGGAAACCGCUCUUCAUAUUACAGCAUAUGAAAAUAGUAAAGAAAUAGCCGAACUUCUUAUUUCACAUGGUGCAAAUAUUAAUGAAAAAAAUGAAGAUGGGGAAACCGCUCUUCAUAUUGCAGCAUAUGAAAAUAGUAAAGAAACGGCCGAACUUCUUAUUUCACAUGGUGCAAAUAUUAAUGAAAAAAAUGAAGAUGGAGAAACCGCUCUUCUUAUUGCAAUAUAUAAAAAUAGUAAAGAAACGGCCGAACUUCUUAUUUCACAUGGUGCAAAUAUUAAUGAAAAAAAUAAAAAUGGGGAAACCGCUCUUCAUAUUGCAGCAUAUGAAAAUAGUAAAGAAACGGCCGAACUUCUUAUUUCACAUGGUGCAAAUAUUAAUGAAAAAAAUGAAGAUGGAGAAACCGCUCUUCAUAUUGCAGCAUAUAAAAAUAGUAAAGAAACGGCCGAACUUCUUAUUUCACAUGGUGCAAAUAUUAAUGAAAAAAAUAAAAAUGGGGAAACCGCUCUUCAUAUUGCAGCAUAUGAAAAUAGUAAAGAAACGGCCGAACUUCUUAUUUCACAUGGUGCAAAUAUUAAUGAAAAAAAUGUAUUUGGAGAAACCCCUCUUCUUAUUGCAAUAUAUAAAAAUAGUAAAGAAACGGCCGAACUUCUUAUUUCACUCGGUGCAAAAAAAAUGAUGUUACUGCAUAAAAUCCAUCACUUUCAUCUUCCAAGAUGA